GAUCCUGAGCGGACUCAGAAUCACAGCUGAACAAGCCGAAAACAAACGGUUUCCUAGUUUCUAACGGGUAUCCAAUCAUGUCCAACCCACCUUUAUUUCGUGACCCAUGGGCGAAGAGGGAAGCGUGGCGGAAACACCCUGUGUUCACGAACCGUGCCAUGUUUUCUAGCAUGUUUCCAGGGCUUGGGAUCGCACUAGUAGCGUUUACCGCGUAUGUGGUGGUUGAUAAUUUCUACUCCAAAGCGCAGCCAGGGGCACAACAGAAGCACUGAGUUGGUUCGGGUGAUGCUGAAAGGAAUUUACCGUUACUCUUCGCAUCCUAUCAUUUGGUUGAGUCCGCGCUCAGUAGCAUAGUGUUUACCACAUUGCACACAACGUCGCAUUUUCGUGC